AUGAGUGCAUUCAACAAUCAUACACCAAGGCAAGAUGUUGCGUCACCAAUGACCAAUUUGGCUAAUACUUUAGGAACAACAUUGACAGUAAGACGGAGACUUACACUAUCCGAAUCUAGUGAAACACCAAACAAAUGUUAUGAUAGUCGAAUAUAUGAUUAUGAUAGAAAUAGCGCACCUGGAAUAGAGUGUAAUCGAUUAAUCAAGGGAAACUCAAAAACUAUAAAUGAUAGCCCAUUGAAAUGUUUAAUGUUACAAAAAAUAAUGAACAGUCCAAUCGAAAAAGAGAAUUCAUCAAAAUGUAUGGAUGUAGUGAUGUCUAAAGCUUUAUCCCCAUCUCGUUCUAGUCCUACAUUUGCAACAUACAAUCGCCAUGUAAGAGGACGACAUCCACUUGAAGAUCAUGAUCCUAAUUCACAGGACAGUGGUUUUUUUACUGCUCAUUCAGAUGAUUCUAGAUCAGUGUCAGUUGGUGAUAAAAGAACAUUAUCUGAUAUGCGAUCUGAGAGCAAUACAUCAUAUACAGCUGUUUUAGAUGAUGCAUUCUUAGACAAUGCUGUAUCCCCAGCAAGAUUGUCUCAAGAUUCGCUUCCACCUGGGUUCAGUACAUUAAUAGAUGGAGAUAUUUUUAGCCAGACAUCACCUAUUAUAAAACCUAUUGUUAAAAGAAAAAUUACAAAAUAUUCUUCAGAUACUCCUCGCAAGACUGAUUUAUUGUUUGGUGAUAUUAAAAAUAAUGAAGCAGUUGUGAGAAAAAGAAAGUUAACACGUGAUCUAGAAUCAACCCCUGAAACUAAUGUAUUAUUAAAGAAAACUAGACCUAGUAUAAGUCUUUCUAUGUCAUUUGAUUCUCCAAGACUUGAUUAUAUAAACAGUCCUUUAACUGCCCCUGUAUCUCAGGGAAAGCGUACUUUAUUUGAUUAUGGAUUUUGUAAAAAAGAAAAACCAGUUUUUCGACGUUCAUUUUCUACUAGUGAAGCUACUAUUAAAGCUGCUUUUGAAAAAGAGGAUACUGGAGAGAAACUAAUUGGUGACUUUAGCAAAUCAUUUGUUUUACCUUUAAUGCCAUUUGGUCGCCAUGCUGAUCUCUGUAGUAUAUCCCCAGAAACAUUAGCUGAGUUACUGAAUGGAGCUUAUGAUGACUUUAUUGAUUCUUAUCUUAUAAUUGAUUGCAGAUACCCUUAUGAAUUUGAAGGUGGUCAUAUUAGAGGAGCUGUUAACAUUUUUACUAAAGAACAACUAUUAAAAAAUUAUACCGAAGAUCAGUUAGGUAAAAGAUCUCCUAAAAAUGAAUCCAAUGGAGGUAAAAGAAACUUAUUGAUAUUUCACUGUGAAUUUUCUUCAGAAAGAGGACCAAGUUUAUCACGAUAUUUACGUAAUGCUGAUCGAGAGAAUAAUAGUAUGUGCUAUCCAUAUUUGGACUAUCCAGAGAUGUAUUUGCUAGAUGGGGGUUAUUGUAAAUUUUUCAGUAAAUAUAGGCACUUGUGUGAGCCAUCUAACUACCGAGCUAUGUUAGAUCCAGCUCAUAAAAAAGAACUUAGAUUAUUUAGAUCCAAGUCUAAAACAUGGGCUGGUGAUGGUGGAACAUCACGGCUAGUUAGUAAAAAUACAUUAAAGAGGUUGGGGUUUAAUUAGCAUUAUGUUGUUUUGUUAUAUUCCUCUACUAUGAAAAUAUAAUUUUUGCUUUUUAAAAUUUAAAUUUUUUAACGUUUAACCAAUUAAUUUCUUUCUAUUUUUUCUUUUACCUAAUUAACUUAAUAUGUUGAAAUAUUAAAAUUGGAUUCCAGUGCAAUUUAUAAAACUUUUAUGAUGCUGUUAUGAAAGCACUGUUACCUAAGUUGCCAAAACAUAAUCAUAUGUAACAGUUUUUAUGUUUAAUUGUUUGAUAACAUUAUUUCCUUAAAUAAAUUAAAUAGAAAAUUUUAUAUAUUUACUUGAUAU